AUAUCACCGUCCUAAAAAUCUCCCAUCUCUCUCUCUCUCUCUCUCUCUUUUCCCCCUCCCUCUUUAUUCUCUCUCUCCCAAAUCGCACUUUCCCAAAUCUCUCAGAGUCUUCCAUCCUCCGAUCCCUAAUCGUCUUGGUUUAUGAGCUCAAAGGAGAGACCCACUCUUGGUGGCACGCGGAUUAAGACCCGCAAACGGAACAUUGCAGCACCGCUGGACCCUGCAGCAUUUGCGGAUGCAGUGGUCCAGAUAUAUCUGGAUAAUGCUGGUGAUUUGGAACUUAUUGCUAAGAGCAUUGAGUCUUCCGACCUUAACUUCUCAAGAUACGGUGAUACCUUUUUUGAGGUUGUUUUCACAGGAGGCCGAACACAACCUGGCACGACAAAACCUGAUGAGGGGGACCACCAUCCUUACUCUAUAAUACACUGUGAUCCUAAGCGUGAAGUCAUCUUACCAUCUGUAAUAUAUAUACAGAAAAUAUUGCGCCGCAAGCCAUUCCUCAUAAAGAACCUUGAAAAUGUUAUGCGAAGAUUCUUGCAGUCGCUGGAACUCUUUGAGGAAAAUGAAAGGAAGAAAUUGGCCAUUUUCACAGCACUUGCAUUCUCCCAGAAACUAUCUGGGCUUCCACCAGAGACUGUGUUCCAGCCUCUGCUCAAGGAUAAUCUUGUGGGCAAAGGGCUAGUUCUUUCAUUUAUAACAGACUUCUUUAAGGAAUAUCUGGUUGAUAAUAGCCUUGAUGAUUUGAUUUCAAUCCUCAAGCGGGGUAAGGUGGAGGACAAUCUUCUGGACUUCUUUCCAUCUGCAAAGCGCUCAGCUGAAUGUUUCUCUGAGCAUUUCACCAAGGAAGGGCUUGUACCAUUGGUUGAAUAUAAUGAAAAGAAAACAUUUGAGGUUACACUGAAAGAAAUGAAAUCUGCAUUAACAACCCAGAUAGCAGAGGAAGCUGAUAUAAGUGAAGUUAUAGAUGCUGUCAAGCAACGGAUUAGAGAUGCUAAACUCCCAGACAUUGAGGUUGUGCGUGUAUUGUGGGAUGUUUUAAUGGAUGCUGUUCAGUGGUCAGGUAAGAAUCAGCAGCAGAAUGCAAAUUCAGCUUUGCGCCAGGUGAAAACAUGGGCAGAACUGUUAAAUACCUUCUGCACGAAUGGAAAGCUUGAGCUGGAACUCAUGUACAAGGUUCAGAUGCAGUGCUAUGAGGAUGCUAAGCUGAUGAAGUUGUUUCCUGAGAUAGUGAGGUCUCUUUAUGAUCAGGAUGUCCUUGCGGAAGACACCAUUCUUCACUGGUUCCGCAAAGGAACAAACCCAAAGGGCAGGCAAACUUUUGUGAAGGCCCUGGAGCCCUUUGUUAAUUGGCUGGAAGAGGCAGAAGAAGAGGAAUAAUUGCAGCUGCUGGUCAUAUGGCAUUCCAGUUUGUUCCAUGUUCUAUUUACUAUACAUUCCCAAGAUACUAUUAUUAGCUAUUUAACUCAUAAAGUUGCAGCUUUCGUAAUAUUUGUGAUGAUGUAUUUAUAAACCCGUUUAUGGUUAAUUACUCUACCCUUACUCUA